AAUAGGUAGAUAUAGAAAUGGCUGGUCUCCUCAUGCUAAGGAGGUUUAGGUCAUGUUGAGCCUUACUUUUGUUCUGUGGGACAUUGGAUAUUGCUUAUAUACCUAUGGUUCCAUCUUCAUCAUUCUCCUAAUCAUCUGGCAAGUGAGAAAGAGUUAUCACAGAUUGACUUUGGAACAUGAAAGGUGCUGCUGCCGGCGUCACCAAAAAGUGAGGCAAAGGGCUAGAGAUGCAGCAUCAAGAGCUAGGAGACUUUCCCAGGAAGAAGCUGAGAAGCCAUGGGAACUGAUCUCUGUCAUGAAAAGUCAGCGCUGGCUUCCUCAGGAGGAAAGUGUGCGGCGGCUCCUAUGUGCCGAUCCCUGCUGCCAAACCUGCAAUGCUGUGACUCAGGAGAUUCAGCAAUUGCUGGUGGGUGAAGACAACCAGGUGCCCACCACUUUGUCCAGAGGAUCUUCUUGUCUAGAGAUACUGUCUGUGUCAGGUGUGUCUUUUGAGGACAGUCUGGAGGUUUGUUCCCAGCACCCCAGAGAACAUUCACCGGCGUCUGUAACCCCUACACUGGCACAAUAUAUGGAUCAGAAAACUUUAACCCAGUCAGCUGACCAGUCAACCAAGGCAGUCCGCAUCCAACAUUACUGGGAGGAACAACUAGAGGAGGCAUAUCUAAUACCAGCUGUGCCCAUUUGCCCUGCGACUAUGGUUCCUUCAAGAUUUGAGGAGCCUAUGGUUCCAAUGAACCAGCAGGAGAUGAUACAGAGCAGCCUUAACCUUUUUGAGGGGAACCAGGGCGAGCAGUCCAUGAACUCCCAGGUCUCUUUGCUGUCCUUGAACCAAGAGAUCACUGACCUGACACAUCCCAUGGUCUUGCAUAUGGAGUACCCUGCCCACCUGCCAUUCCUCAGUCCUGAAGUCCUGAGGCUUCUUGAGGUACAUGUUAAAAAAUGGAUGCAUUUCCAGAGAUGGGGGCUCCCGAGGCGCGUGGAGGAGUCCCUGAGACAGCAUAUGCCAAACCCACCAUUGAAUUAUCACCCUAGAAAUAACCAACCACUGUGUUUCUUCAUGAAUAAUACUUCUCAAGUACCAGUUCAUAGAUUUGGGACUGUUUCCCACCAGACCUGGUGUUCAUGUAUGGCUGGUCAGCCUACCCAGAUCUUUUGGGUUUCUGAAUGGUCCAUUACAGACCCACAACAAAGGCACCACAGCCAGAAAGUUCUGAACCCUAUGGCUCUAGCCUUGCCCUCUCCAGUCCAUGAAGUCUCAGAUGGCCCCUAUUCACUGCCUCAAGAACAGGUUAAUGAGUCGGGGAUCCACCUGCAGCAGAAAUGCAGCCAGCUGUUCUGUGGCCUCCCUUCUCUGCACAGUGAGUCCCUUGUCACCACUUUCUUGGGUCCUCAAGGCGUUUCUCAGAAUGAGAGCCCAUACAAACCACUCUUAAAGGAUCCCUUUCUCUUUAAGGAGGUCUCCUUCCUCCCCCUGCUGCCUAAAACCCCACUCCAGUCAGCCCCACCCUCUUUUCCACUUCCCCCAAAUUGGCUGUCUUCAUCUGAUCAUCAACAAGUUCAGAUCAAUGUCCCAUUUCUGACGCUGGCUGAGUGUGAAGCCUUGGAGUGGCACCUGCUGCAGAGGCAGCUCCAGCUGCAGUCGGGUUUGCCGGAUGUCUUCCGCAGAAGGCAGCAUGCCCAGAGCCCCAUGCAGAAUGAACCCUGUGACAAAGCUCAGGCUCCUGAGACUGUGGAGACUUCCUGGCCAGGGAAGCCCAGCUCAGUCCUCACCAGGAAACUACUCUUCUUCCCUGAGCCUGCCCGUAGGCUGCUAGAAUUCCACCUCCAGAAGCAGUUGAUUCACCAUCGCUGGGGCUUGCCCCAGAAGAUCCAGCAGUCCAUCCAGCUGCUCCUCUCCUCCAAUGACCAGCAGACCCUGUCCUGGGGCAGCACAGCCCUCACCAGUAUGAGCGUCGCUCCUUCUACAGCUCUACAGGCCAGUGAGGCCGGGGACCUGCUCUCACCAAUUGUGGCCCCAGUGUUGAUCCCCAUGCCGUGCUUUUUUGCCCAAGCAAAGGCAAUAUUGAAGAGCCACAUUGACUCCAAAUGUGGACAGAUCCUCCAGGGCAAGAUCCCUGCCCAGGUAUACAGCUCCUGGGACCACAGAAUUACUGGGAACCUGGCAAUGGCUCCCCUCUUCUGCAUUCCAGAAAGCCAGCCCCUGGAACUGCAAGCAGCAAGUGACCCUGACCUACAUCAUCAAGUUAUGCCCUGGAAGCCCAUGGCCCCUGAUCUGCAGCAGCAGGCCUUACCAAGUGCUGCUGCUGAACAUCCUAAGCUGACCCAACCCCUGUCUGAAGGAGCCAUUGAGAAACUGGAGACGACUCUACGGCACAAGUAUCUGGCCUUUCUGUCAGGGCUGCCUUCUCUCUACUAUGUGGCUCUCUCCAGAGCUGUGGCCCCGGCAAGCAACAGCCAGUCAGUAAACGCAGAGAGGGUACCUGGGCCUGGGCCUAUCGAAAUCUCAGCACAGCCCCCGACUCAGAUGAUCCCAUCUGAAGAACAGUGUAAGAGUCCUGGGCCAUGCCUUCAGGAUGAUGAGACUUGUACAGACAUUACAGAAGAUGUCCAGCAUGAUGUGCAGGUGGAUGGAACAAUGGAGACAGUGCUUCUAGAAAGCUACAUACAUCCUGUCAGACCCCGCUCAUUCAGUACACAUAUCUUGAUCAAGCUCAAUUUUCACCUGAGAAAAAAAGGCUUAGAGAUACAACUGGGAAUUCCCAUAAGGGCACGGGAGUCCAUGGAACAAACUGCAGCAGUCCCAGAGAACAUAUCCACACAAGAGUCCCUUGGGGGUCUAAACAACCAGGAAAAUCCACUGCUCCAAGAACUGCCCAUUGGAUUAGACACAUCUCAUGCCACAGAUCCAGAGUGGAUCCACUGUAAAGAACAGCUGGCCACUGAGUUGAAGGCAGUGAAGCAGAAUCAAAAUCAACCUGUUUCUAAAACAGUGCCCUGUGGCUCUGCUCAGUGGGCCUCCAAGAUCUCUCAACCCACUGGGGAUAUGAUAGACACCCAUGUCCUUUGUGUUCAGGUGGAGUCCAGUGUGAAGAACGCCAGUGUGGAAGAACUCUGGACUCCUGAGCCCCAAAGCCCAGGCAAGAGCAAGGACUCAGCCCAAGUCCUUACACUGGCAGAAAUGAGAGAGGACCCAGGGAAGCCCAAAACAGGUGGGGACCAUGGUGAAGGAGAUGCAGGGCUUGGGCUCUCUUCAGCCACAGAAGAACCACACGCUGAGGAAGACCAUGUUCCAGUAGGGGUGCUUCUCAAUAGAAUACCCCAAGGCUCCUGGCGAUGGAGUCGUAGCUUUCGUCUUGCUGAUCCUGGUCAACAUAGGCCCCAGUAUCGUCCUCAGUUUAAGCUGUCUGGGCAACUCUCAGGAGUUCCUGGGAAAAAAGAAUCUGAAAAAAUUCUGCAAGCCAGUCAAACCAAGCCAAAUGUUAUCCUCAAACCUGCAAGGAUUCCUAACCAUGCCCAGCCUGUGGUGCCCCAAGUUUCACAGGGCAAGUCUUUUCUGGGUCAACUAAUUCAGGGUAAGCCUUUGCUGGGUCAAACUUUGCAAGGUCAGGUUUUGCAGGACUCAGGGUUGCUAGCCCAUACUUACCAGAAGUCCAGCCUUCCAGAAUCCGGCUUGAUAAAUAAAAUGAAAUCCUUUCUAUAUUGUUUUAAUUCCAAGACAAAAGGUGGCAUCUGUGUAGAAUCCAUGCUCUCUACACAUGAGAAAGUGGCCAAAACCAGAAAUGAAAAUGCUAAAAAAAGGCUGACUCCAGUCAAAGGUCCUUUGAAGAGAAUCAAGACAGAGAAGACAUCAAGGAACCGGAAUACCCAAUCUUCCCCCACUGAAAAAUUAGCAGGUUCAGCCUUUCUGAAUGGUUCCCCAAAUAAUAAGCUGCAGUUACGCUCCAGACAUCAUGAUUCUGCCUCAAUCCCAGGCCACUCCUGCCAUGUCCCUCGGCAUCGUCCUCAAGGGGCUUGUGCCACCCAAACAGGGAAUCCACCCUAGCUCCCAACCCUUACCUCAGGGCAAAACACUGGUCUAGUCAAGGAGACUAUCCAGGACAAUGAGAAAAGUCUAUAGGCUCCCCAACUCCUACAUUCCUGGAAGAAGACUGUUACUGUAAUUUCCAUUAAUGUACAGGUACAGCAGAGCGCCACCCAAAAUAUACUACUCCAUAUC